UGACAUCACUGGUUCCCGGGAGCGGAGGAGCUAGAGCCAGAGCCCGAGGGAGUCCGGGCUGCUGGGGGCUGCAGACAUGGAGGGCCAGAGCGGCUGUGGCAGAGGGAGGGUGGGGUCCAGGGCUGGUCUGGGACCCCUACCCGGGCCCCCUGGGGUUUUCCAAACUGAGACACCCUCUGAGGUGGAUUCAAGUUUUCAGCUCCCAGCGAAGAAGAGCGCAGCCCUAGUACCCUCCGAACCAAGGCUGGCCCUGGCACCUGUGGGUCCACGCACAGCCAUGUUGUCGUCCUCAGAAGGGCCGAGACUGGCUCUGGCAUCUCCCCGACCUAUCCUGGCUUCACUGUCUACUCCUGGAGGACAGAAAACGGCUCCUGCCUGCUGUAGCUCUGGCCUGGCUCCCACAUCUGUGGGCCAGCUGGUGAUGUCUGCCUCAGCCGGACCAAAGCCUCCCCCAGCAACCUCAGGCUCAGCCCUGGCUCCAACAUCUCUGGGGCAGCUAGUGAUGUCUGCCUCGGCUGGGACGAGGCCUCCUCCAGCCACCCUGGGACCUAGUCUGGCUCCAAAUUCCAGGGACCAGAAAAAGCCGGUACCCCCUGUCUCCUUGAGGCCCAAGCCAGCACUGGCAGCCUCUGGCCUGAGCCUGGCCCUGGCUUCUGAGGAACAGCCCCGACAACCCUCCUCCAACCCUUCCCCUGUGCUCAGUCCAGUUCUGUCGCCCUCUCAAGACCAGAUCCUGGCUCCAUCCCCCAUGACGACAGCCCCAGCCUCUGUGGGAUGGACACCAGCUAGGCAGAGAGACAUCCCAGCCUCUAGGCCUCUCCCUCCUUCCGAAGGGCAUCUCCAGCCUCCGCCUCAGGCAUCUGGUCCUACAAGCUCCUCACCCCCAACCCAAGCCUCCCCAGACCCUCGUUUCUCCCCCUCCUUUCGAGCUCGGCCUGAGGCCUCCCGAAGCAGCCCUGACGAUCCUGUUCUGUCACGGCCACCCCAGACUCUGCCCUUGGAUGGGGGUCAGGGCCUUCCAGAGCCUGGCACCCGUUCUCCUGGACUGCUGUCCCCUACCUUCCGACCAGGGGCCCCCUCGGGCCAGACUGUACCCCCACCUCUGCCCAAGCCACCCCGGUCUCCUAGUCGCUCUCCCAGUCGCUCCCCCAACCGCCCUCCAUGUGUCCCCCCCACCUCUGACAUGGCUGGUGCAGGGCCUGGAACCCAGGGUGUAGGGCCUGGCAGGUGCCUGAGCCCCAACCUUCAGACCCAAGAAGCCCCAACCCCGGUCACCGUCUCCUCUUCUACCUCCACCUCAUCACCCUCCUCUUGGUCAGCUCAGCCUACCUGCAAGAGCGAUCCUGGCUUCCGGAUCACUGUGGUCACGUGGAACGUGGGCACCGCCAUGCCCCCGGACGACGUCACAUCCCUCCUCCACCUGGGCGGUGGCGAUGACAGUGACGGCGCAGACAUGAUCGCCAUAGGGUUGCAGGAAGUGAACUCCAUGAUCAACAAGCGACUCAAGGACGCUCUCUUCACCGACCAGUGGACCGAGCUCUUCAUGGACGCGCUGGGGCCCUUCAACUUUGUGCUGGUGAGCACGGUGAGGAUGCAGGGCGUCAUCCUGCUGCUUUUCGCCAAGUACUACCACCUGCCCUUCCUGCGGGACGUGCAGACCGACUGCACUCGCACCGGCUUGGGUGGCUACUGGGGUAACAAGGGUGGGGUGAGCGUGCGCCUGGCGGUUUUCGGGCACAUGCUCUGCUUCCUGAACUGCCACUUGCCCGCGCAUAUGGACAAGGCAGAGCAGCGCAAGGACAACUUCCAGACCAUUCUUAGCCUCCAGCAAUUCCAGGGACCUGGCGCACAAGGAAUCCUAGAUCACGACCUUGUGUUCUGGUUCGGGGACCUGAAUUUUCGAAUCGAGAGCUACGACCUGCACUUUGUCAAGUUGGCCAUCGAUAAUGACCAGCUCCAGCAGCUCUGGGAGAAGGACCAGCUCAACAUGGCCAAGAACACCUGGCCCAUCCUGAAGGGCUUCCAGGAAGGGCCCCUUAACUUUGCUCCCACCUUCAAGUUUGAUGUGGGUACCAACAAAUAUGAUACCAGUGCCAAGAAGCGGAAACCAGCCUGGACAGACCGAAUCCUGUGGAAGGUCAAGGCUCCGAGUGGAGGUCCUAGCCCCUCAGGACGGGAGAGCCACCGGCUCCAAGUGACCCAGCACAACUACCGCAGCCACAUGGAGUACACAGUCAGCGAUCACAAGCCUGUGGCCGCCAACUUCAUCCUCCAGUUUGCCUUCAGGGACGACAUGCCGCUGGUGCGGCUGGAGGUGGCCGACGAGUGGCUGCGGCCGGAACAGGCCGUGGUGAGGUACCGCAUGGAAACGGUGUUCGCCCGCAGUUCCUGGGACUGGAUCGGCUUGUGCCGGGUGGGUUUCCGCCACUGCAAGGACUACGUGGCUUAUGUCUGGGCCAAACACGAAGAUGUGGAUGGGAGCAUCUACCAGGUGACGUUCAGCGAAGAGUCAUUACCCAAGGGCCACGGUGACUUCAUCCUGGGCUAUUAUAGCCACAACCACGGCAUCCUCAUCGGUGUCACUGAACCCUUCCAGAUCUCGCUGCCUACCUCGGAGUCCACCAGCAGCAGUGCAGACAGCUCGGGGACCAGCUCGGAGGGUGAGGAUGACAGCACUCUGGAGCUGCUCGCACCCAAGUCCCGUAGCCCCAGUCCUGGCAAGUCCAAGAGACACCGGAGCCGCAGCCCGGGCCUGGCCCGUUUCCCCAGUCUUGCCCUACGGCCCUCGUCCCGGGAACGCCGUGGUACCAGCCGUAGCCCUUCACCCCAGAGCCGCCGGCCACCGAGGGUGGCCCCUGAUAAGAGCAGUGGUAGCAGCAGCCGGGGCAGUAGUGAGGAGGGACCCUCUGGGCUGCCUGGCCCCUGGGCCUUCCCACCAGCUAUGCCUCGAAGCCUGGGCCUGCUGCCCGCCUUGCGCCUGGAGACCGUAGACCCUGGUGGUGGUGGCUCCUGGGGAUCCAGUCGGGAGGCCUCGGCCCCUGACAGCCUGUCUCCCAGCCCCCAGGGUCAGCAGAGGCUGGAGGAAGGGGGCCUGGGGCCUUGAGGGCAGCAGCGAUGGGGGCCCUGGUGGCCCCCCCUCCACCUUAAUCUUCCACAGACCCACCUGCCUCUCCUGCUGCUGCUCCAGCUGUGUCUGUCCCUGCCACUCUAUCCUGGCCAGGGGUGGCCAGCUGGGUUUUCCCAAACUUCGUCCUGGCCCUUCAACUGUGACAAUCAGCAAAGCCCUACUUGGGGUCCCCAUGUGGGAUGGUGGGGAGCUCUGGCAGAUGUCCUGAUCCUGGUGGUCCUCCAUUGGGAAUUAAACUCCAGCCUCAC